GCUUCGCUUGCCGGUAGCCUACCGUGAGGACCCUUGACCUCGGACCCAAGAUGGCGGCGCCUAGAGCGUUGGUCUUGUUGCUGCUCUGAGGUGAAGGAAGACGGAAAGUCCUGGAACAUGUCGAAGCUGAGCCGGGUCACUCGGUCCCUCAGGAAGCCCGAGACCGGAGGCGUGAUCAGGACCAUCGUGCGGGCGGGCCAGGCCAUGCCUGGGCCCCCACUCGGCCCCAUUCUGGGUCAGCGAGGUGUCUCUAUCAACCAAUUCUGUAAGGAGUUCAACGAAAAGACAAAAGACAUCAAAGAAGGCAUUCCCCUGCCUACAAAGAUUUUUGUCAAGCCUGACAGGACGUUUGAGCUCAAGAUUGGACAACCCACAGUUUCCUAUUUCUUGAAGGCAGCUGCUGGGAUUGAGAAGGGGGCCCGGGAAACAGGGAAAGAAGUGGCGGGCCUGGUGACCCUGAAGCACAUAUAUGAGAUUGCCUGUGUCAAAGCUAAGGAUGAGGCUUUCGUCAUGCAAGAUGUACCCCUGUCCUCUGUUGUCCGGUCCAUCAUUGGCUCUGCCCGUUCCCUGGGCAUUCGUGUGGUGAAGGACCUCAGUGCAGAAGAGCUGGCAGCCUUCCAGAAGGAACGAGCGGUGUUUCUGGCUGCUCAGAAAGAGGCAGAUUUGGCAGCACAGGCAGAAGCUGCCAAGAAGUGACCCCUGCCUUCCACACGAUGGGAUUUUUAAGGAAGAGGCUGAGAAGGGACCAGUUGAGAAAGCUGUGCCGAAGGGGAGGAAGGGACAUUAUGCCAACGUGAUUAAUAUUGUCCUGACUGUAUAUUUUUACACAUGUCAAUAUCAACGGAUCAAAUAAA